UCUUCUGUUUUCCGCGCGUUUAUUAUUAUUUUUUUUUUUUUAAUUUGCACGAUUUGCUUCCGUUUUCCUGCCAUUUUGGAGAGGGGGUGUCUUUCCUGGAGCAUUUCUUUUGGGGGUGGUGUUGCGUGCUUUGUGGGUGCUGGGUGCAGGAUGAGGAGCAGAAGUACCUGUGGAGGUGACGGGGGCGGCUGGCUCCGUGCCCGGGCCGCGCAGCCCCACGGGGCUGGGGCAGUGGCACUCCCGGCCCGCCUGCUGCGGGGGACCAGGCUCUGCUGCUGAGCCAUCGCCUCCUGCCGUACCCGGAGUUGUUAGGAGCGCUCCGGAGGGCUUUCUUGGCGGCUGCCUGGCUGCGGCAGCGCUUUCAGGAUGUGUCUGUGUCCGGCUUCUUGCGUGUUGCAACACGAAUGGAAACCACCACCCAUCGUACUUGACCUCAGUCUGAAAUGGAAAGCGUGAAUUCUUCAGCCCUGGGCCUCUGAAAGUGCUGCUCGGGGGAAUCCCUGUCUCUGCACUGAUGCUACUGUGAAGUUUUAUGUCAACACCAGGGUCACAAGUCUUGCAGAAGGACCUGUAACUAAGUGGACCCUACUGACCUCUGAACCACAAAGUAUAAGAGUGAAAAGAAGUGGGAGAAGCACACAAAGAAAAAGGAAGUGAAUGCACUUUCUUCUGGACUUCUUUCCUGCCCUUUAUUACUAAAGCUAAUGGAAAAGAAAGACUGCUGUGCCUUUCCUCCCCCAGCCUCAGGGAUGGGUGGAUUAUAAAUACUGUGUGUGUGGCUGGGAGAAUAGACUGAACCAUGAAUCUUCAGGCUCAGCAAAAGUCUUCAAGCAAACGGACUGGGAAACGAAUUGCCUAUUUCAAUGAGCAGGACAUAGCUGUGCCGUCAAAAGAACCACAGCAGCAGCUUAAGGAAGGACAGUACUAUGGUCAUGGAGGGAAUAUACCAGUCUCACAAGCUAUGGAGAUUUCUCAUCCAGGAGGAUUAACAAGUGCACCCAACAACGUUGCUUUGAUGAACUCUGUUUACAAUCAAGAUAGGGGAGAAUCAGUGAUGAUGCCCCAGUCAGUAACAGCUGUCAAAUGGCAGAAUUCACUCAUGGGAAACCGGUUGCCAGAGAGGGGUGACAGCCAUUGGCAGUCUCCACCUUCAAUGUGGAACCACAGUAUGGUUUUUGGGGGCAACCCAAAAGGUCCCCACUCCAAUGCUGGUGCCCCAGGCUUCUAUGGCCACCCAGAAGCCCUUAAAAGAAAUCAAGAGAAAGGAGUGUUUGUGUCACAGCUGGAUUUAUAUGGAGAUGCUGUCCAGCAGAUGAUGUCCCAGAAGGCUCAGCUGGAACAGCAAGCCCUGGUUAGACAACAAGCUCAAAUGAAUUCUUUUCAUCAAAUGCAGAAACAGCAGCAGCAGAAUCAAACUCUGCCACUGCAGCCUUUCCAACUUGCAUUUGGUCACCAAGGCCAAAAGCAAGGUCUCCCUGAGUUGCUACAUGUGUUUCAAGAAGCCCCAACUUCUUCCAGUCCAGCAUUUACUGCGCAACAAAAACAGCAAGCUCUUCCCCAGCUACAGCUCUUUGAAAAUUUCUAUCCUCAGCAGCAGCAGCAACAGGCUGCCACACAAGCCUUUGGUCUGCAGCAAACAACUUCUAUCGCACAGCCUCAUGUGGCAGCUGCCGCACCUCAGCAUCACAUGAUGCCACACCAGUUUCAGCAAGCAGAGAGGAACCAGGAGCUAUUCAAGGCAUUAACAGAGCAGAACCAACAGACUGUGCUACCUCAGACCCAGAUUCCCUUUCCAAGAAGGUCACGGAGACUCUCCAAAGAAGGUGGCCUGCUGACAUCUGCAGGAGAAGUAUUGACUUCUAAGCAGGCAGAAGAACAACCUAGCAAUUUAUUUCUCCAUCAUUGGCAAGCACAUCAGCAAGAGGUCCCAUUACAGCAAACACCUGAGUCACUGGCCCACAGUAAAAGUAGCUAUUUGCACCCCAAAAGACUGGACCUGGGGCAGAAGGAUGUCCUGGUCAAUAGUGAGCAGUGCCAGAUGGAAACAGACAGGCAAGCUGCAGCCCAGAAUGGUAGAGAUGAGGAGAAACAGGCCACAGCACCUGAGGAAAACACUCAGAGAACUAAUGAUUUUCAGAGUGUCAGGGGUGGUGUAAUCCAGAGUACCCGACGGAGGCGACGUGUUUCUCAAGAAGCCAAUUUGCUGACUUUGGCCCAAAAAGCUGUUGAGCUGGCUUCUCUUCAGAAUGUAAAGGAACUGGAUAAUUCAGAGGAGAAGAAGACUGUGCUAGUAACAGCUCCAGGACCUACUGCAGCUUCAAAAAGUGUUGUGGAAUUCGCCAGUUCUUCACCAGCUCCCAAAAAAGCCCGGGAUGAUAACAGCCUUGUGCCUCUUAUCAUUCCUGUGUCUGUGCCAGUGAGAAAAAUUGACUUGCAGAGCCUUGAAAAGGAAAAGUCUGAGGAUGGAAAGCUCCAGAGAGGCCAAACAAGCGAUCGAGCUCCUUGUGAAAGGAAGCCUUCUGUGAUAGUCACUCGGAGGCGAUCUAAUCGUAACACUAACAUGGAGACCUCGAGUCAGCAUGAAGAUGCUGUUCCAAAGGAUGAAGCAGAGGGCUUUGCCCGAAAACCAAAGCAGCGGCCAAGACCCGAGCCACUCUUCAUACCACCAAAAGCUGGCACCUUUAUUGCACCACCUGUUUAUUCCAACAUUACUCCGUAUCAGAGCCAUUUACGGUCACCCGUUCGUCUGGCAGACCAUCCUUCAGACAGGAACUUUGAGCUACCUCCUUACACUCCUCCACCAAUCCUUAGUCCAGUGAGAGAAGGAUCUGGGCUGUAUUUUAAUGCUAUCCUCUCUUCAAGCAGUCAUUCGGUUCCACCUCCAAUGACUCCCAAAAGUGGUCACAGAACUCUGCUUAGAUCAAACAGUGCAGAAGUUACUCCUCCAAUUCUUACGGUGGUGGGGGAAGCCACCCCAGUCAGCAUUGAACCGCGAAUAAAUGUAGGAACUCGCUUUCAAGCAGAAAUCCCAUCACUCCAAGACAGAUCUCUGGCAGAAGCUGAUGAACAUAAAGCAGAGCUGGUGUGGCAGCCAUGGGGUGACUUGGAAACCAACAAAGUCACCCAAGAGAAUGUGGAAAACCUGCUAGCUGCUGCCUGUUCAAGCAUUUUUCCUGGGGCUGGAACCAACCAGGAGCUGGCGUUGCAUUUCUUACAUGAAGAAAAGGGAAGCAUUCUGGGAGCUCUGACCAAACUGCUGUUGAAGAAGCCAGUGCGACCGCCUUCCCACCCUUUGGCAGAUUAUCACUACACAGGAUCAGACAAGUGGAAGGUUUCUGAAAAAAAGCUGUUCAACAAAGGGAUUGCAAUCUACAAAAAAGACUUUUUCUUGGUCCAAAAGCUCAUAAAAACCAAAACAGUGUCUCAGUGUGUGGAAUUCUACUACACGUACAAAAAACAGGUGAAAAUUGGUCGGAAUGGGACCUUAAUCUUUGGGGACAUUGAUGGUGCUAAUGAGAGAUCUAUGAAAGAUGAAGCUGAAGUUGACAUCAAAAGUUCCCAUAGGUUUGCACGUGUUCUUCCUCUCAGAAGAGACAUCUUCAGUGAGGAACAAGGGCAUGUGGAGGAGGAGGAAGAAGAGGAGGAAGAAGAGGAGGCAGAGGAAGGGUUGGAUAACAGAAAGAGGAGUGCCGAUGCUCUGAAAGAUGAACAGACACUACAGGAUGGUGCAAUAGCCAGCGACACCAAUAUGAGGAGUCACGAGACAACUGUCACAGGAAGGAUUGGGAGGAAGCCAAGGGAGACAACAGUGAAGCCUCGAAAGCCUAUUACUGCUCCAGUGCAGAGGAAGAAGAGGAAACAGAAGAUAAAAUCAGAUGCUACCAGUAAAACACAAAAUACAGAAAACACAUUUCCAUGUAAAAAAUGUGGCAGGGUGUUCUACAAGGUGAAAAGCCGCAGUGCUCACAUGAAGAGCCACGCGGAGCAGGAGAAGAAGGCAGCGGCGCUGAAGCAGCAAGAGAAGGAGGCGUUGGCGGCGGCGGCAGCAGCCCGCCGCCAGGCCCAGCAGGAAGAGAGCAGUGACAGUGGGAGCAGCAGCGCCGGGAGCAGCAGCGCCAGCUCAGAUGAAGAUGGAGAAAUAUAGCAGCAGGCCAGAAGAGGAGGGAGUAGCAAGGCUGGACCCAACCUCCCUCUUGGUGGUCUCACUUUUAUUUUGCUUGCACUUUUCUUACCUGAACCAUCAGGUUUUGGUUUCAGUGCUGCCAUUUCCUUACGCCACAUGUUCCACUUCACCUUGCCAGUACUGACCAAGACAGAAUGGUGGAUAACAAGAUUUGUUUCAACUUGGAUUUUUUUUUAAGACUAAUAAGAUUUCUAUUAUAUUUAUAAUGAUAUCAGAGGUACAUAAUAGAACAAUGUCACCUGCAGUGGAAGUAAGUUCUCUCAGGUCAGUCAGACCUUUCUUUUUGUUCUUGUCAGGAAUCGUAGUAGUGGGACUCUUGGAUAUAAAGAUUUCCAGACUGGAGCAAGAAAAUGAAGCUCUGCUCUGAGCUAAGUGUAUCCAGUUACUGUGACACUGGUGAUUUCUAGCUGUUUCCUUUCUCAGCAAGUUCUUCUUCCUUUUAUGCUUUCCUGCCUCUGUUUCGCAAAAAUGAAAAGUGGGAUGAGCAAGACACUCUUCUUGCUUUUGAGAGGAGGUUUUAUUUUUCAAAUGGAAGCCUGAGGUCAGUUAUCUUAUGGCAUUAAGAAUGUAGCAAUGGAUAUAAAAAUAUCCUGCGGGAUUAGAGUAACCACAGGCCAUGCAGGUUGUCUCAUCUUGGAAAACAAAAUAGUCAGCCUUUGAUUAACUUAAAGGAGUCUGGGCUUCACAAAGUGCAAUUUGAAAUGAAAACUGCUGGGUUUGAAUUUACAUGAAUGGGAGCAAAGUUUGUUUGGUGAAAAUGAACCCAGAUCUUCUUGUGUGCCAGAUUGUGUGCACCUCAGAAAUGGGAGGAGUGGACUCUCAUCUCCAGCAGUGAUCCCUCUGUGAAUGUUUUUACCUCUCAAUAUACUCUUCUGUCCUGUAGCAGCCUUCUUUUACUCCUUGAAAUUGCCAUCAUCAAGCUUUUAUGACAGGGCCCUGGUUUCCCAGACAGUUGCUGUCAGACUGUAUGUACAGGAGAAGCUUGUCACCUAUUUGCACACCAGUGGCUGAGCACUGCUGCCUGCUGGGUUGUCCUGCUAUGAGCUGUGCUCUUUGCUGAAAGGUGAACUCCUCCUUCAGAACUGACACAAUCUAGUAGCCCAAAAAGUCUGGGCACCAAAAUCUGCUGGUGAAAGAGAGUUAAAAAGAAGUGGCCAAGGUGACAGAUGUUAGAUUUGCACAGGAUUGUUCUGUACGUCUUUAUAGCCCACAUUUGUCAUUAUUUUGUAAGGAUGCAGAGAAUCACUUGUGCUUGGCCAGCUGGUUCCAUCCUGUAGCCCAGCUCCCUCCCUCCAUCCAGUCCUUAGGAGCAACUGAGCCCCAGCUUCUCAGGUGCUGGCACUGUGUCAGACCAGACCGUACUGAAGGAGCUGAUCACUCCUGCCUUCCCCAGCAGGGAUCCAAGACAUGGUGUUGUAUGUGAGCUACAGAGUGUGCCUGACUGGCAGAAAUUUUUUUUUUCUUUUUAAAUCUUGACCCUUCCAGCUGCUAGAUAAAUUCCUGGUUAACUAUAGAAAGAGGCUACAACUCCAGCAUGUCAUGUGUCAGUCUUCUUGCCCUGUAGUUUUAUGCAACAAUGAUGGCUUCACUCUUUUGUUUGGGAGGCUGUGCAUCGUGUAUUUGCUUUGACAUACCCAUGCCUUUGCACAGAAUCACUUUUCUGAAUAGCAGAAACAGUUACUACUCUUACAGAAUCAGGAGGAACAUCAUUAAGGACUGCACUCUUCGCAAAGUUGACACUUUCACUUUCACGUUUUGUCAGGAUUGUAUUUUUUAUUCCUAUCAAAACUGGGGUUCCUUUCAGCAUUUUGUUGACUGUUCCAAGCUCCUACAUUGGAUGGAUCUUGUUGACUAGUUUUUGUUACCAAGAAGCACAUAGCACAUCAUGAACUGUUAAAAUCAUUCAAAAAUUGCAAAGAACUAAAAGCUCCUUCUUUAAAAAGAAGCUUAAGCAAAUCAGUCUUCCUCUUAAGGAUUUCAGUGUUGAUUUUUAUCUUUUUUUCUUUUAUAAAUUGGAGAAAAUGCUUGUCUGCAAUUAUCUUAGGGCCCUUGGAGAGAACAGAAGCUUUAGCACCCUGUGUCAGGAGGAACAGUAGGUGAAGCUACUGCAAGAAUUAUUACAGUCUUCCAAAGGCCAGAUCUUUCACUGAUUCUCCCUAUUUUAGGAAAUUGAUACAAUUUAUCUCUUGUCAAGGACAAGCCAUUGAGGUGCUUUAGAACAAAUCAGAAAUUUUCUUUACUUGCAUAAAAAUGUUGUGUGUAUUAUGUGCUGAUUCCAGUACUGGUUGUUUCUCUCCCACCCUGCUGCAGUAUAAGUAGAACAGAACAGAAAAACUGGACACAGUCUGUCACUGGAAAAAAAUCAGAAAAGGGCUUUUUCUGAGGAUAACCUCUCUAACAGCUGUGGGUUAGCAGGGCUGACCACAAUCAGGUUAGAUGUGCCAAGUAAGUGACAUCAAGUUGGAAUGUUUCUGAGCAUACUUCCAAAUUGCUAGUAGCCACCAGAAGACUUCUUUUCUGGCAUGGUAGUAAGGAAAACAGCUCCUCCAAGUGUCAUCUUAAAAGACAAACAAGCAAACCAAGCCUUCUGUUGGCUUACAGUUGGAGUUUGGAAUUGAUCCUGCAUUUGAAUUAGAGCUUGCCUACUAGCAAAAGUUGGCAGGUAAUUGAUUUUUUUAAAAAGAACAAAACCUAAACAACCAACCCCCAAUUUCUGUGGACAAAGCAUUUAAAUGGAAUUUGUCUAAUCUGGAAUGAGUUAUGUCCCUACUCUUUGUGGGGGAAAAAUAACUUCAGGGGCUCUUUACUGCAGCACAGUGUUAAUUUGUGUUAUUCCAGUUAAGAUUUAAAAACACCCACUCCAAACAAAAUUCUUGCAAAUGUUCUGUUGAUAUGUCUGUUUUAAAACUCCAUGCUCAUUAUUUUCCAUCAUUUAAAGGCCUAUUGAUUGAUUGAUCCCCAUUUACUGUAAGGGUUUGCUGCUAAUUUAGAAAACAGGCAGUAGAAAGACAUUAAUUUGAACAAGAUGUCUCUUCGCUUUAGUUCUUUUACAUGGGAACAAAUAUUUAUGGAAUGCAAUUCUGUAAAUGUGUACUAAUAGAUUUGCAUUUUACAGUGCAAGAUCAGACUUCUAGGUGGUCAUAUACCACCUAGUCAGAUGGCUGUCUUUCAAAUCAUUACCUACUUGAGUCUUGAUGCCAGCACUGGGCACCACAGAGAUGCAGUGACAGGUCAAGUUUGCUCUGAUCACGUCCUUCUGCCUGUGCUUCUGCCUGACCUUUACAGAUAGAUUCAGUCUUUCAGGUUUGUGAUGUGCAUGGGAUAGCAUCUGAGUUUUGUAAGACUGUGUGUGUAUGUAAUUACUAGAUAGAUGCAUGCACUUGUGAUGCAUAUCUGAUAUAGUUGCAGGUGUUUUGCAGUCUAGCUGCAAGAACCUCUCUGCAUUUUAAUUUAUUUGAUGUUUGUUCUUUUACUGAUACAGUUGAUGGUAUCAGAGAGAACUUGUCUCUGUAAGUUGAAGGCCUACAGAAUUUCACUCAGCUGUGCAGGACCAUGGCAUUUUGCUGGCUAGAAACAGGUAGGGAUGUAGCUGCUCACAGGCAGAACAAAGAUAGAAACUCAAAAGCUCAAACGUAACUCAUCUGUUAAACCCACUCUAGACAAAGUCGAAAUUAACUAAAAAUACUCUGAUUUAUCAAACUGAGGCUUUUGGUCAUUUUUAUCAUUGCAACAAGCUUAGAUUAAAACCAACACGUUUCAAAAAGUGUUUCUUAAAUCACAAAUGUUAGCUUUCUUGCUCUCAGCAGUUAUACACUUCUUAAUUCUCUUUCAGGCAGCAGACCAGAAGGUUCCUACAGGUACAUACAGUAUUUUAAAGUAACGGGAGUAGGAAGGACUACAGCCAUAGGAGUCCUGUCUGCUUUCAUACAAUGGCACAUUUAGUCCCGUGCCAUAUUCUAGUUCAUAUUCAAAUAUUCAUAUUUUAGUCCAGAAACCAUAUUCUAAUACACAUUUUUCCCCACAAACUUUCACCCUGUUUUAUCUUUGGAUCUAUGUCUGGAAGUUUAUUAAGCUUUAAAGAGACAGAGAACCAAGUCUACAAAUCAUGUUUGAUUUCUGGGGGGGUGAGUUUCUAUGUAAAUUUGUCACUUGGGUUCAGCUACUUUAGUUUUCCUCCUCCUCUCCCAUGUCAUAUGUUAGGAAGACACAAACUUUGAAUCCCAAGCUGUCUAAGGAUCUUUCUUUCCAAGACUAAGAUUCCACUGACAGCUGAGCCUGAAAAAACCCUUAACUUCUCCAGAUUAGAAGACAACAUAUAUUUUUAUAGAAACGUAAUUGUGUAUUUUAAAAAAGUUUCCUGCAACUUCUCCACAUGUAUUUUCCCCUUGUAGUUCAGAUUUGAUAUAAACUUCUUUUGUGUUCAUUCUUUUUAUGUUCUGUUUUUAAAUUUGUAGUCGAAGCUUUGGUGUACUGUACAGGAGCAGUCAGCCUUUGUAAUUACUGUAUAAAUGCUUUAUAAUAAAGUAUAUUACUUUUAUUUUAACAAGUGAGCAGACACUUCCUUUUGUGUGUCUGCUGCCUAGGGCACCUUUUAAAAGACUGUUACAUGUUUAAAAUGUACAUAUAUAAAUAUAUUUACCUGUUGCUGUACAGUUGUGAUAGACUGGACUGAAUUUAUUUUUUGUGUGCUUUUUUAUAAAAUAUUAAUACACUAAAGGAAAUCUUGCAGAUGUGAUUGUAAUGUACUAUGUAACUUAUUUACGUAAUAUCCUCUAUAUAUCUAAAAAAACCUUUUAUUAAAUGAGGUUUAAAAAA